AUGCAGCCCGGCCCCCAGAUUGCGGUCCUUGCAGCAUUGUACACGCUCACAAGCAACCUCUUCUGGGCAGGCCUGCGAUCGGUUCCUGUGCCGGAGCCGAGCCUCUCCGCCGAGGCGGGGAAUGUCGUCGCCGCGGCCGCAGGGGCCGCUCUGGACGCCGCCGAAUCGGCGGAGCGGGCGGAGGCCGCCUCUGGGGCGGCAGGCGCCUCGUGCGAGGGGGCGGCAGCCCGCCUCGACUCGCUGGAGGCGCGCGUCCUGGAGCUGGCCCAGCUGCUCCAGUCGAGCGGAGGGAUCCCCCUCGGCGCGCCGCCGCCGAGCCCCGAGCCACCAGCCAGUCCGUGGGCGGCUCUCUCGGCGGGUCUCGCGGCGCUGCUGGGCAGCUGGGUGCUGGACGUUGUCAAGACUGGUUACAGCCGGAGCGGCCAGGCCAUCGCGGUGGCGGAGUGGUGCGCUAGGCUGGUGUCGGGCCUCCACGUGGGCGUGUUCUACCCGACCGACCCCGCCUUCUGGCACGAACGCAUACUGCUGUGGCCUGCCUCUGGUGACACCGUUCCGCGGCACUGGUACGUGGUCACACCAGACAGCGACGUGUACGCCGAGACCGUGACCGCAGGCUUGGGAUGGGGCUCUCGGUUUGCCAUUCUGGACGACGCAGGCGGGAACCCGAUCAUACCCGGGGGGGCGCUGUAUGCUUUCCAGCAGCUCCCUACGGACGAGGUUCUCCAGGGCUGGAUCGCGGAGGCCAUCGCCGACUCAGUGGCUGCAGGUAUCGUCGUUCUUGGCCCGUCCGACCUGAUGUAUCUUCAGCGCGACGGGCAGGAGGUGCCGCUCGGUGACGUGGUUCCCUUGCCACCCGCGCUGCCAGCGGCCGCCCCCGAGGCGGCCGAUGCCGUCGGUGACCUGGGUGGAACCAGCCCGAAAGAGGGAAAGGAGCGGUUACUCGAGAGCCAAGCCCGCUGGGGGAUUUGCCCCGAGGUCUGCCACCUCCCAUGCUUCCAGCAGAUGCUGGAAUACGCGGGGGCAUCAGGGCACAAGUGCUGGUGCCCCCCAGCCCUGCAGCCCUGGCGCCGGGCGCUGGCGAGGGAGGUCCUAUGGCGGAAGUGGCGUCGCCCCGGGAUCCCCGUCAAACUGGCGAAGAGGGGCGUGGCGGAAGCCUGCAAGUGGAUUUGGCUCCGCGCCCCGGACAUGGGGGCGUUGGGAAUGGAGGGGGACAUGGUCGCCAUCUACCUGGUGCGCACCAUCGGAUGGAUCGGAUGCCCAGGUGGAGGCAGCGUGGAGGCGUGGAAGGAGUGGUGGGAGGCCCUCGAAGCGCUUCGACUCUACGCGGGGGUGCCCCAAGCCUGGGCGGUCCACGUCGCGGCGGGCCUGAAAUCCGCGAUGGAACCCUGGGAGCGCAUGGCCCUCCGUGGAGGCGUGGAGGAAACCGUUUUGAUCGGAGGGGGCGCCGCCGAGAUCUGGGCGGGGGCAGCAGACUGGGCCCGCGGAGUGCACGGGGCCAUGGGCGCGAAUGAGGGGCGGCUGGCGUUGCGUGUCUCCGACAACGCCAGCGCCGAGGCAUGGCUGCGCAGGAGGGGCGCGAAGGAACGAAUGAUGCUGCACCUGGACGCAAAUGGCUUCCUACAGACUGCCAUCCUGUCAGGGGAUCGGCAGGCAGUAGAGGCUGGGGCGAGGGUGCGCGCGCAGCUGGCCAGUACCGAGCUGAGAUUCAUGUGCGACAGGUGCGGUAAGGACCACCUACGCUCCGCCGAUGGCACCUGGAUCUCCGACACCACGCGCCAGAUGGUCGCUCAGAAUAGGCUUCAUGCUUACAUCAACGGCGCCAACAUGGGGUGGCUCUGCGACAUCUGCUGGUUACGCCACCUGGAGGAACAGGGCCUCCCAACGCCGCCAGGAGCGACAGUCGCCGACAAAGUCAAGGAGCAUGAGCAACAGAGGACGGGUGCCAACAACGACAAGGCGAAAACCCUCCCCUCCCUGGGGCACCUCUCACUUGGCUUUGGAUGCAGCCCCCAGGCGGACACGAGGACGUUAGCGGACCUCCUCAUGACGCCGACGGGCAUGAAGAUCCCCGAGCGAGCCAAUACCACCAUUCCCAUCCUACGGAUCCGGAACGAGCGUUUCGGCCUCAAAGCCGCCCAGGCCCAGAUCUACUCCGCGCGGACCGAGCUCGAAGACCUGCGCGCCGUCAUCGACGGCUGCGGCAACCCCGCGGCCCAUGUCAAGCUGCAGUACAAGAAGGAGCUCGGAGCCAUGGUGGCCGUAGGGUUCUUUGCCUCUAUGUACGACGCGAGGACGGUGGCCGUGCAGCUUGACACCUUCGAGUUCACGCCCGGCUACCCCCUGAAGGCGCAGGCCGAGGAGGCGCGCUCCGAUGAUCUCGCGCCGCAGCCUGCCCUUGGCAGGGCCGCUGGCCACCCCCAGGGCGCCAGAGCUGGCCCGAAGGCUCUCAGGGAGGGCGUCGAGAGUGCGAAGCCUGAGACGCUGAUAGAGAUCCAGCGAAGGGCCAACGGCAAGUCGUGGGAGGCUGGCACCGACUACCCGGUGAGCAAUUGCGUGGGCGCUGGACGCAUCGAGGGGUGGUUUGUGACGCCGAAGGACAAGGUGGAGAGGUCGGGCUUCGGCCACCUGCAGUCGUUCAGCUUCGAGGGCAACCUGGUGUUCCACGCGGAGUGGAGCGAGCUCCUCGCCGGUGUGAACUACAGCGCGCGGGACCCCGUCAGCUUCGAGGUGGUCGUCUUCCCCAACGGCGACCACGAGGCGCGGCACGCGGCUGCGGCCGAGGAGCACCUGGCGCCACCGCCGGGCGAGGGGCCCACACCCUGGAGCGGCGCAGCGCGGCCCGGCGAACCCGCGCCGCCGAAUGCAGGCCUCGCUGACGGAAAGGCCAACGGUGGAAAGGACAUGGGGUACAAGGAUAAAGGCAAGGGCAGCGAUGCCGCCAUCGUGGAGAACAGCAAGGGGGCCGGGAAGAAAGACAUCGGCGGGGCGCAGUGGAUCCCUGGCGGCGGCGGCUGGGGCUGGAGCCCCGCGGCGUCGUGGGCUGCGGAGCCAUGGGGUGGAGGCUGGGGCGCGUGCGGCAGCGACACCUGGGGCGGCAGCAGCUGGAGCGGCAGCAGCAAGUGGGCGGCCCCGUUCCGCGGAGUGCCCGAGUUCGCAGUGAACCCGUGGCAGAAGCACGAGGACU